AUGAGGGCUCCGCCCUUCACAGAUGACAUCAACGGGGAGAUGGUGCCCCCAAACUUUAAGCUUCCAAACUUGCACACCUAUGACGGCCGAGGUGACCCCGAGGAUCACCUCCGCGCCUUCAUCUCCGCAUUCCGACUCUACUGCGUCCCCGACGCCGUGAUCUGUCGGGCUUUCCCAUCUUCUUGCAUGGGACUGCCCGAAAGUGGGUCAGGCGAGUCACUUCGCUCAUACGCCCAAAGGUUCAACGAGGAAAAUGUACAGAUACUGAUCAGAACGAGCAGAUGUAAAUCGCAUGAAACGAGAAGCCCAAGCAUCUCGUACGGGGCAAAUCCCCGGAGGAAGAAAGACACAGGCCGAGGUGAACAAGGCCCAAGUGGCACUUCAAACCAACUCCGAGACCGCCGGAGUGUCUUCGAUCGAAUCGUAAAAGGCAGGUCGUCCACCUCGGACGCCGAGCUGACACCCCUCAAUUCGAGCCGGACCCAUGUCCUGGCUGUGAUGAGGCAGAAUCACCUCGGCCGCAACCCUCCCGAAAUUCCGGGGAGGAGAGAUAAGAGGAACUCAAACCUCUAUUGUGCCUAUCAUCGGGAUGUUGGGCACGAGACCGAAGACUGUAAUGAUCUGAAGCGAGAGAUCGAGAAUUUGAUCCGGCAAGGAUACCUGAAGCAAUUCGUCCGCAAGGAUGGAGGCUUCAACCGAAGCGUCUCCCACCGGGAGAACCGGGGCCCCCGCCGAGACGACCGACGGGACACGAACAUGCAUUGCCGGGUCCCGAAGACCGUAGGGAGGACAAGCAGCCUCCACACGAUGGAUCACCGGGCUACGGCCCCAACAUCGCUGGGGUGA